AUGCAGCUUCUAUCUCUUCUUUUGACGUGUUCCACGGCUCUGGCUUUCGCCAUUCCUCAAGAUCAAGCGGCGACCCCUGCAGGCGGCUCCAACCCUGGAGACUCCGCCGCUGACGCCCUCCAGAACGUCGACCCAUCUUCAUUCGUUCCCGAAGGAGUCGCAGAUCUCAUUCCGGGUCAGAACUCGGGCUCCCAAGAUUCCAGCGCCGCUGCUCCGGCGGGAGGCCAAUCCAGUCCUCUCGACUCCGCCACYGAUGCCCUCMACAACGCCGACCCAUCUUCACUCGUUCCUGAAGGAGUCGCAGAUCUUAUUCCAGGCCAGAACUCGGGCUCUCAAGACUCCAGUGCUGCUGCUCCGGCAGAUGGCCAAUCCAGCCCUCUCGACUCCGUCACCGAUGCUCUCAAGAACAUUGACCCAUCUAAGCUCCUACCUGAAGGAAUCGCAAAUCUCGGCUCCAACUCCCAGGAUUCUGGCGCUGCUGCUAACGCACCCAACUCCGCUGUUGACGAUCCUCUUCAAAACAUUGACCCAUCCAAGUUCCUUCCCAAUGGACUAGGCGACUUGAUUCCGGACUCGAUCACUAUCAACCAAGACAACAGAACUCCUCCUCCUCCUCCUCCACCUACGACACAGCUGCAACCGUGGCAAUUGGUGUGGCAGCAGCCUUCGUGGACACCUGUCGCACCACAAGGAUGGUUCCAACCAGUUCCCGCCCCGCAAGCACCCGGCUUUUGUCAAAACAGAUUUCCCAAUGGAAUCUUCCCUGCCGUGGGCCCAACAGACUGUGCUCAAAUCGUGGAUCCGUGGUGCAAUCCAACUGGUCAAGGAUAUGUCUGCAGCCCUAACUACGACUACGUUGUUCAGUGUUAUGGCGGAAGGGCAUACGCUGUCGAGGAGUUCUGUCAAUACACCCUGUCUUGCUUGGCAGGAAUCUACGGUGCUUACGGAGGAUGUCUUGUCGGAUAG